AUGUCGACGUUUCUGCUCCCAUUGGAGAUCUUUGAAAACCUCGAUAGUGCCAUUGCACAAAAGGUUUGUUUACCCAAAGAAGAGGGCGGUAUUGGCUUUCGGCUAAUUCAUGAGUUCAAUUUAGCACUACUGGCAAAGCAAUUAUGGAGACUGGUCCAAUACCCUGAUUCACUGGUUGCCCGAGUAUUAAGGGGGCGAUAUUAUAGGAUGACCUCGCCAUUGAGGGCAACCUCUACUAGCAGCCCAUCAUAUGUGUGGACAAGCAUCUCCGCAGCAAGGAAGCUUUUACUGCUAGGAAUCAGACAGAAGAUUCACUCUGGUUACGACGUCAGGGUGUGGGAGGAUCCGUGGAUUCCAACGACACCUGCUAGACCGGCUAGACCUAUAGCCCCUGUGAUGAACCUAAACAUGAGAGUCAGUGACAUCAUUAAUCAGAAAUGA